UCCACAUUUUAUCAUAAUGAAGAAAUUGCUUUUCACACUAUACUUAGUUUCAUUACUUAUAUGUACCAUUCAAACUGGCGAAAUAACUGGUCGUAAUGCUGCAGUUUGCGGUUUUGCAUCUAAUAAAAUAUUUUGCUAUGGAGGAAGUCCAGGCGCUUCUAAGUUUGACAGCAGUAUGUUGUCUUUAGAUAUAAAAAAUCAGCCAUCCAAUAUCGUUUCCAAUUUAUACAACAAAUGGAAAGUUAUUCAACAGAAUAAUUCUGAAUUAGUAACUGAAUAUCGAUACGAUAGUAACUUUGUGAUGUUACCUGAUGGUGUUUCAAUGCUUUUUGAAGGUGGAGCUAAUGAGAAAAACAAGACCAUUGCCAACAAAACUGUUAUUUAUAACACUGCUGAAAAUGUUUGGCAUACACUUCCAGAUUUCAAUGAUCCCCAAAAUGGAGGCUUUAGACAAAUCUAUUCCGCAUCGACUGUUUAUAUGCCUAAUAUUAAUUGUGUUGGAUUUUACGGCGGAAAGGAAUUACACUCGGAUGGAAGAAACUAUACCACACUUACUGGCAGCAUCAUGACUAAUGUGGAUAUUUCAUACCCCGUUGGUUCAGACAAACGCAUAAUACUCCACGAAUCUUAUGUCGGUUUUUAUUAUAUGACUCUGUUAAACCUUACCGAUAAUACUUGGCAUACUGUACCUACCGAACCGCUUAGAAUCGAUCAAAACUAUCCUUUUUUGCCUAUUUACCAAUCAGCAACAUACAGCCCCAUAACAAAAAAAGUGUAUUACCUUGGCGGAGUCUACCAUACCCAUAUUGAUGAGUAUGUUGUGCCUCUUAGUUACACUAUUAUAUUUGAUACAAUAAGCUCUAAUUGGGAAAACCAAACUUUAAACGCUCCUGUUGAUGGUUCUGCUAUGCCUGCUCCUAGACAACUUCACACUGCAACACUUUUAAACACACAAAAAGAUAUCCUUGUUUAUGGAGGAACAUCCGAAAUUGCCGAAACAACACAACUAGCUCUUCCAAAUUAUGUAUUUACAUUAAACGUGGAAACGUUAACAUGGAUAUCUCAUGACAUUGACAUACCGUCAACAAUUUCAGGUCCAAGAUUUUAUCAUUCAGCCGUUCUUGUAGAUGAGACAAGUGUUUUCAUCAUGUUUGGUAAGCCUAGAGUUGGCGUAUCAACCACCGAUAAUGUCUUGGUAUUAGAUGCAAGAAAUGCUUCAGCAAUAGCUUAUUCAACAAUAUAUCCCUUGGCUGAUUUAAAAAAAGAAAAAACUGGUAUCUCUACUGGUGCUAUUGUAGGGAUUGUGGUAGGGGUUUUAGCUUUACUUUCGAUUGUCCUAGUGGCUGUAUUUUUGUGCAUCAGGAAAAGAAAAAGAGAAAUGGCUAAUGAACCAAUGGAACAGUUAGAAGUCGACUGGGAUAAUAUUGACACUGAGUUUAGAGAGGAACCACCCGUACGAAGUACGUUUUACAGUAAUUCUAUGAGCCCAAGCUCAACGAUGAUCUCAUCACCCCAAGUUCCUUCAUCCAUUGGUGACCCUAACGUUAUAAGAAGGUCUAUGAAUGCGCCCGCAUUGCCACUAGAAGUAAAUCUCGUCAAGCCCGAUGGUGUUAAUGAAUUAGUUGAAUAUUCCAAAGCGAGCAACGAAGCAAAGCUAUCAUAGUAGUAUAAUAAACAUCAUCUUUUUUUAAAUA